AUGAUAGGAAAUAUAGUCACGUUGUUGGUUUCUUGGCUAUUAUUAACAUUGAUAGGUUUAUUGUACUUGGAAAUAGUCAAGUAUAAAUAAGAAAAGGAUGUUGAAAUAUUUAUUGGUUUCUUGAAUAAGUUUAUAGGAUAAAAUUAUUAUAAUUCCCAUUCAUUUGAUAGAUAAGUAACUAAUUAUUUUCUAAGUAGUUCAAUUCACUUCUUGUGUAACCUUAACAUGAUUAUUGCAUUCAAUCAGACUUAUAUAAAUAUUAUCAUCCAGAUGUAAUUAUGAACGACGUUUACACAUUUCGCGAGUAUUCAGGUCUUGUUAAGUAAGCUCUUUAGCAACACUAUUUCGAUGUAUUGCCAAAUGUAACACUUCACAAAAGAAACAAAGAGAGUAUUAAAAUUUUGAUAUUUAGUACCUUGUAAAUAUAAAUUGCCUUUGUAAUUAACACUGCCAUUCACUUAUUAUGAUUAAUUAGCAUUGUCCUUUAAAGUGGGACAGAGUACAUUAUUUUCCUAUACAGAAUAGGUUCUUUAUGUCUGUUCCAAAACUAUAACCAUCUCCCUCAAAGAUCCUCCUUAUCCCACAAAAAUCAAUUAAUGACCAAUCAACUCAAAUAUUUAAAUGAUAUCAAAAAUAAAGGCUUGGAUCAAGAUUGUUUAGUAUAAAUUUAAUUUAAUUUUAGACCAACGCCACUUUUCUACCUAAAACUUACAGACUCUUUGAUGAAUCUGAAUGCAAGUAAUUUUUCUCUUAUCUGAAUUCAACGGAGUAUCAAGAUAAAGUAAAAUUAGAAGGCCCUUAAUUUAUUGUAAAGAUGGGAUUAGAAGUUCAUAGAGGAAGAGGAAUAACAAUGAUGUUUCCUUAAGAAACUGAGGAGUUGAAGGACAAAUUUCAGAAUGGUUACGUUUGUGGAUAAAUUAAAACCUAUAGAGUCGCAUAAUAAUAUAUAGGAAAUCCUGUGUUAUUUAAGGGACAUAAAAUAGAGUUUAGAGUUUAUUGGAUUAUAGCAUCCACAAACCCCUUGAUUGCCUAUGCAUAUGAUAAAACACUUAUAAGAAGAUGUAUUCAUCCAUAUGAUAAAUUCUCAACAAUCAAAGGAGUUCAUGUUUGUAACACAGCAAUUGUUAAGAAGACUUUGUAAUCGAUGUUAAAUGAAACUCAAGAAUAGGGUUAGGAUGAGGAUGAUGAUGAUGACAAUAAUGAGCUUACUAAUAUGAAUAACAAAAAAACUGAGAAUAUCAAUGCGAAUAGCACAGUUAACAAAUCCAUUUCUGAUCAAGAAGAUCUCUAUAUAGAUUGGAAACUUGAUUACCUACAAGAACUAUUGUUGAAUCAGAGUAAAAUCAAAAAUAAAAGAUGGUUAAAAUAAGAACUGUUACCUUAGAUUGAUAGAAUGAUUAUUCAUGCAAUCAGAAGCACACAAUAGACUUUUGCGAAAGAUAGCAAAUUAGGGGAGUUCUUUGCUGCUGACUUCAUAAUGACAGAUGAUCUUAAACUCUACAUAAUGGAGAUCAAUUACAACCCAUAGACUCUCAAGACUACUGAGGCAAGACUGAAACAACAUACAAAAAUGGUCUAAGACAUGGUUGAAAUAUCCAAUGCCUAUUUGAGAAGUAGAUAUAUAAGAUUUAGAAAGAUCAUUGAUAGGGUGGUAGAGAAAUUAUCUAAAGGGAAAUCAAGACUACAAGAUUUAGUAAAUCCGAAAAUGGGCUAGGAGAUUCAUUAAGCGUAUUAUAGCAGGUUGGAACCAAACAUCAAGAUUAGUUCAACAAAUCUCUUUAGGUUGAUUAUGGAUGAUGGGUUACAAGGGACAUCUAAAUACAAAGACCUUAUAUAAGAAAAAUGUCUGAAAUGAUUUUUAAGUUAUACAUUUUUAUUUGCAUUAGACGAG